AAAAUCGAGUUGGCAGUCAACUGCACACUGUGUGCGUGCGCUUUAAAAUUGUUAAGAAAUUCUAGAAUCAACUGCAGUAAUGGAACAAUUCAAAGACUUGCAAAAGUCUCUGUACAUAUGGACUGACAGCGGUGAGCUGGACAAGCGCGUCCAAACAAUAAAAGAAGCCACCGGCGGCGAGGUGGCUGUUGAAAAUGUCCAUCGCCUUUCGUUUUCCUCCUACGCCAACUCUAGCUUCGACCUGAUUGUGAUCGAAUGCGCCCAGUUGACCGACAAUUACGUAAAACUGCUGCACAUGCUGAAGCCAAGCGGCAAACUCCAUCUAAUUGCCUACAUAGGGACCCCAGCGAGUCUGUUGCAGGAAAUCAAGUUGUCCGGUUUCAUUAAUUGCGGCGAGGAUACCGCAGCCAAUACACUGACUGCCGAGAAGCCUGGCUACGAGACGGGCUCCGCGGCCCGAUUGUCUUUUGCAAAGAAAGCAGCUGGCGUCAAUGUAUGGAAGAUCAGCGGCGACGAUGAGGAGCUUAUCGACGAGGAGGAUCUGCUCGAUGAGGCGGACAAACAAAAACCAGAUCCGUCCGGUCUGCGUGUCUGCAGCACCACUGGCAAGCGUAAGGCGUGCAAAAACUGCUCCUGCGGCCUGGCCGAGGAGCUCGAAAGUGAGAGGACAACCAGUUCGGCGAACACCGAGAACGCUAAAUCCAGUUGUGGCAAUUGCUAUUUGGGCGAUGCGUUCAGAUGCUCGACUUGUCCCUAUCUGGGCAUGCCGGCCUUCAAGCCGGGCGAGAAGGUUCAGCUGGCUAACAAUCUGCUGAAAUCGGAUAUUUAGAUUAGAGAACACACAAUAAUCACGCAAACCGGAUAGACUUUUACACUUUUAUUGGGGGUGAAAAUAAUAGUUUCAUAUAUGUAAAUAGCAAAUGCAUUAAAAACAAUAAAUUGCGCACAAUUAA